GUUAACGCUUUUAUCACCCACCGUGAGUACGCGAAGUCGGUGAGGGAAAAACCUCUUUCACACGCGGAUUUUCUCAUUCAGCUACACGAGGAGCUACUCGCUCUCGGAGAUGAUGACUUCCUGGAAACGGUGCCAACACCAGUUUCGACGGCGUACUCGCUAGCAAGCUCGAAGCAUCAAUUGAUGGUGUCGACGGACAAGACAGCGAAGGGCAAGUUCAAGUUUCGCGUGUGCAAAGUUUGUUCGGUACUGCGUGGUGCUGGCAGUCCUGGAUCGAAUCGACCUCCCGGCACAACGCGUCAUUACUGCAAGCAGUGCUCCACUGAUCGAGGAAGACUGUUUUUGUGUUCCACGGCGCGACACGUAUCCGAUGGUAAUUUUGUAUCGUGCUUUAACAUUUGGCACUCGAAAUGGAAGAACAGAGAUCAACUUCCG